AUGUCCGGCGUUGUGGGAACAAGUGGAAUAUCGCCUGGAUACGGCACUUUCCCAGAAGACAUGAAACGUGGACAUAUCCGAAGAAGGCAACGACAAGUAAGGUUCAUCUGAAU